AAAUGGCGGCCCCAGUGGCUUGCUAGCAUGAACUCACUUCUCUAUAACAUCAUACUGGAAAUAUUGUGUGUUAUCUUCCCGUCAAAUAUCGCUGUAUUUCUGGACGGCAGAGUGUGUAGAAGGUGGCGCCGUAUUGUCCAAGACAACUCCCUGUGGCGCCAUGUUGAUCUGCUGCCAUAUGUUCUCAGUCUCAACAAGAUGUGGAAAGUGAUGAGGGCUCACUUCUCGGAGUGUCUGCUGACGAUGAAGCUGGGGGGCUUCUGUGAUCCAAAGUCCACAAAAUGGAAGAAACAUUCUUUGUCUGAUGCAAUGCUGCUGGAUCUACAAGAGAGAUGUCCCAAAAUGCUGUCCUUGACCUUGGUGAAGUGUAACACAGACAAUCUAAACUGCAAAAACCUCCCACGUUCAUUGAAACAUCUAACAAUGAACCAGUGUGCAUGGACACCACGCUGGUUAAAGACCUCUAUUGACCUUGACCUCACCAACCUUGACCUCACAAAAUGUUCCCGUGUUGACAAUUUUGAUCUUGCAGACAUCGCAGAGAAGUUCCCCAAUUUGAAACAUCUUGUCCUCAAUCACUGCUACCGUGUAACAGAGUCAGGUUUGGAGAAGAUCGUUACCAUGUUGACUGACCUCACCCAUCUUGAGCUGUCAGACACCGCUUGCUCAGAUCUCACCAUCCAUCACAUGUGCCGUAACCUACCUCAUCUGAAGAAUCUGAACCUGUCACGAUGUGGGCAGAUGAACCAGUCCAGUCUCGGGACAAUAGCUGGGGCACUGAAGGAGUUACAGAGUCUGAAUGUUGCCUAUUGUCGUCAGAUCAGUCUGGAGGGUCUCACACAGCUGACUGCAGCUCCUGCUCUGUGUAACCUUGUUCUGGAAGGCUGCAAACUUACUGAAGCAGACAUAAAAUCACUUAAUGAAAGCCUUGGAGAAAAAGUACACCUUGUCCAACACACUGUUGAUUCUUGUUAAGUGAAGAAGUAGUCUAGAUUGAGGAUGUCGAGUUUCAUGCUGUGUUUAGCAGUAUUACCACAGUGGGCACCAGAAAUGGGUCUUUGUACGCCUGUAGGGAAUCAAAUCCUUUUCUGGGGUCCUCUUGCCAUGGCAGUAUUGCCAAAAGAGUCAUAAACACCGCACUCCUUCUUUUCAAGGGUUACCUUGAAAAUGUGAUGUAGGUAAUCAAAGUUCCUAUAUUUUGCCUUAUCCUGAACAGUUUUGUAGUGUUUGAAACAAACAUACGUUGCAGCAACAUGUAGAUAUAUUCAUCAGGGUUCCCUCCCUCAAAUCGAUCUUCCCAGUAAA